AAGAGGGAGGGAGAGAGGGAUGGAUGGAGGCGCGGCGCAGAGUUAAAGGAGUGUCCUUGAAUAAUCAAGUGUCCGACAAUAAUAAUAGUUCCAGGUUCUGUCAGUGUUUCCACGUUGUUUUCAUGUAUUUCUCACUCCUCUGUUAUGGGGUAUUAUGGGAUUAUGGUGUGAUUUGAGAUCUCUGAGUGUAAUAGAUUUUAGACCAGUUCCAGCUCCAGGUUCCAUUUCCAAAUAAAACCGGGUAAUAAAGUAAAAGUGCAUUGUUAACCCCCGCUUCAUUUAACGCAGCACACUCAGUGGGAUUUCCACCAACACUUGCACUUCAUGUCCAGCCAAAUCCCUGCGUGUUUCAGUUCAAACAAAUCCCAAACGCGACGAUUAAAAGCCUCCAUAACUUUAAAAACCCGAGCGCGCCGCUGCUGCCUGCGCGCUCCCGUUACCGCGUCCGCCAUUUUAACUCAAAUAAACAUGUCAGAAGAGCUUAUUUUGCUCUCCUAACCCAGGACUCGGGAUCUGGAAUUAACUGUGUGUGUGUGUGUGUGUGGAGGACAGGUGAGGAGACAGCAGGGUGGGGGAAUCUCAUCUCAGUGCAUUGUGUUGCAGCAGGACGCAAACAGCGCGCGCCGCCGAUAUUCCUCUUCUUAUUCUUCUUCUUCUUAUUAUUAAUAUUAUUAUAGGUUUGUUUAUUAAACGGGAGACAAUCCGAGCUGCUGAGUCGGACAGCUUUACACGGACUGCUGAGGCAUUAAAGUUCCGGUGCGAGGCCGCAGUCAUGUUCUGGAAGUUUGACCUCCACACGGCGUCUCAGGUGGAGAAGCUGCUGGAGAAGGACGACGUGACGCUGACGGAGCUGCUGGAUGAAGAUGACGUGCUGCAGGAGUGUAAGGCUCAGAACCAGCGCCUCCUCCUCUUCCUCACUCAGGACAGCAGCUUACAGGAGCUUCUCAGCCUCAUCACACAUGAGCCCCCUAGUGACCGCGAGGAGAAACUGCGCUACAAGUAUGCCAACAUGGCGUGUGAGCUGCUCACGUGUGACGUAUCGGUCAUUAAUGAUAAAGUGGGCGGAGACGAUUCUCUCCUGAACAUGCUUUACAGCUUCCUGGAGCAGGAUCCGCCGCUAAACCCGCUCCUCGCCUCCUUCUUCAGCAAAACAUUCGGCAGCCUGAUCAGCCGAAAAACCGAGCAGACGAUCAGCUUCCUGAGGAAGAAGGAGGGAUUUCUAGGGUUGGUGUUGAAGCACAUGUACGUGUCGGCCAUGAUGGACCUCCUGCUGCGCCUCAUCAGCUGUGUGGAACCGGUUCAGCUCCGACACGACGUCCUCACCUGGCUGGAUGAAGAGAAGCUUAUUCAGAGAAUAACCGAGUUAAUUCAGCCUCACACUGAUAAUGAGAGGCAGUCGAAUGCCUCUCAGGCUCUGUGUGACAUCAUCCGCAUGGGUCGUGAUCAGCCCGGACUGCAGGAGCUGUCAGGUUCUGACCCCCUGCUCACUACACUGGAGCUACAGCAGAGUGUGGAAUCUCUGUUAAAGAACAUGUUUGAGGGAGAGAGGAGUGAAGUCUGCAUAGUAAACGGGACUCAAGUUUUACUCGCUUUAUUGGAGACUCGCAAAACAGGGGUGGAGCUGAUAGAUCCGGGAUCUCAGGCUCUGAAUCAGUCGUAUUCUGUAAACAACAGCAUCUUAUUGGGCAUUGAGGCGCAUCUGAAGCACUACCGCCAUCUGCUGCUCGAGCCACCUAAGAAGUGCAGCAUGUUGACGACUCUCGGGGUUCUGGAGGAGCCGUUCGGGAACGCUCGACUUCACGCCUGCAGGCUGAUGGCCGCUCUGCUCAACACCCGUGCUCCCAGAAUGCACCAGGAGCUCUGCCGACUCGACAUGAUCAACCUGCUCCUGGACCUGUUUUUUAAAUUCACCUGGAACAAUUUCCUCCAUGUUCAAGUGGAGCAGUGUGUGUCGGCCAUCCUCAAUCAGACGGCACCUGACGGGACGGUGGAGGACAGCCCAGAGCCGAAACGACCCGAGAGCACACUCACGGACACGGCUCACGCGCAGCACGGAGACGCGGCCAUGUUCUCACACCAAGAUCUCCUCACGCAUCUGUUUCAGACCUGCAGAUUGGUACAGCGGAUUCUCGACGCUUGGGAGGAGAACGAAAGAACACAGUCUGAGGGUGGCAUGAGGAGGGGCUACAUGGGGCAUCUGACCCGGAUAGCGAAUGCGGUGGUACACAGUGUGGAGACAGGAGCUGCUCAGGGUCACAUCACGCAGCUUAUAGACGAUCUACCUGAGGAUUAUAGACAACGUUGGCAGAAAUUUGUGGACGAAACGUUAGCAGAGACUAACAAGAAAAACGCAGUGGAUCUGGUCUUUUCUGACUACCAGAUCCAGCAAAUGACGGCGAACUUUGUUGACCAGUUUGGGUUUAAUGAUGAUGAGUUUGGGGAACACGACGACGGCAUCAAUGCGGCGUUUAAUCGCAUCGGAGGAAUCAAAUGCAAUCUGGUGGAUGAAGGCCCGAGCGCAGGAGCGUUUCAGGCCUGCACUAAGGGGAAAAUCCGUGCGUUUGAUGAUGCGGAUGAGGAGGAGGACAUCUGGGAGGACAAAGAAAUAAACUACGCAACACAAGUGAAAUCUAGAACCAGGUUCGGCGUGACAUCGACCCUGAAGAGUGACAUCGAGGGCGGGCCUCUGAGGCGUCUGGGGUCACCUGAUCUGGAGUGUUUUCCAGACUGCAAACAGCUCCUGGACAACAGCAGGAGUGAAGACGCGGAUAAGGACAGCAGCCUUCCACAGAGUCCAGGUUGGGUGGCGAGUUUUGAGGACGAUUUUAACUUUAAGGCGGACUUUGCGGGCGUGGCCAUCGACAACGGGUCAGGAGUGUGGGGCAGCACCACGGCUCCACUAAACGACAGCGAGGAUAAAGGCUGGGCCACGUUCACUGACUUCCAACCUUUCUGCUGCUCGGACUCCGGAGCGCGCUGCAGCUCUCCUGUGGACUCGGACAACUCGGAGAAACAGAACCAAGAUAAAGAUGUGAGGGGCUCGGCGGCGUGUGUGUGGAGUGUGUGUGGAGCGAGGAAAGCUCCUCUGGUGGCGUCGGACAGCAGCUCCAGCGGCUCGGACAGCGAGGACGAGGAGGAGAGGAGCGAAGCGGCCGGCAACAAGGGGAACGUUACAGUCACUACAGACGGCAAAAACGAGAAAACACUCCUUAACCGGUACUCACACACACACACACACACACACACGCAGGAAGCUGCACCAUUACGAACUCUCCCGUCUCCAUGGAAACCAAAGCACUUUGGUGUGCAUUUCCUACGUACGCGUGAGACUUUACUUCCUACCUGCAAUGAAAGGAAAACCUUUCAGUAGUUUUGUCGUUCAAUAUGGUUUCAUCUUCUCCUGUCGUCUAAUCGUACAAGACCUCUCGAUAAAUGCAUGUGUAUGGAGAAAAAUAACGUUUGGGAGGGAAGUAGCGGAGAUCGUUAGCGUCUCUGGUGAGUGUACAGUACGUAGUUAUCACAGUUGGAUUGCUUUGUGUUUAGUUUUCACUAUAUAUACUGUAGCUACUACCGUUUCUCAUCAGAACGAACAAACAGGCCACGCCCACUCACUAAACGGCCACACGAGCGAGACUGUACAGGUGUGUGAGGUAUGCGUUCCUGACCCGCUGUUUGUUUACUCCCGAACAUUUCAGCGACGCGGACGCUAAAUCGCUGGGUUUCGUGGCCGAACCUCCUCCAGCGGCGGAGCAGAAAACGGACUGAAGGGGAACGCGUGAGUAUUCGAGCUUUGUUUCACAGUUUACGCGUUUACGUCACGGCUUAUACGGUUUUAUCCCUCUGUAUCUCUCUUCAGGGAAAACUCGAGCGUUAAUGGUCCGAUGAAAACGCUCUCGGAGUGUCCUCCCGGUGUUUGUGACGUCAUCACUGCCCCGCCCACAACAAACAAACAAACGAACAUCCGUUUCCAUCGAGCGUGUAAAAGUUAUAAUUCAGGAUGGAAACACCGGAGUGUUUUUUUCUUUUCUUUCUCAGCUGUGAUUAGUAGAGAACCGGGCUGCGGCACUGAGGUGUAAUAAUGCGGAUUCCUGCAGUUAUAAAUGUAUAUAAACAUAAGAACAGCUGAAAUCUACAGUUAGUGUGGCUUUAUCUCACGGCUACACGGCUCUUUAGAACACGUUCACGCGCACUGCGUUGACUCCAGGAAGCACAAAGCAGCACUGGAGACUCUAUGACCGGUUUAUGACGCGUCACCACGGAGACGUUAGAGUUUAUGCUUACAGUCCGGACAAAACUGUUGUAAUUCUAAUUUUUAUACUUAUUUUGCAAGUUCUGAGCACAUUUAUGAAGCUUUACGACAUUUUUCUAUAAACCAAGCCACGCCAUUCCUGUUCGUUCCUCCGAGGUACGAAACCGCGCAGAAGAAAUUCUCGACAGAGACGAUUACAGAGAAGGAGGAGGACCUUAACAUGCAAAAAGUUCAAAUGUAAAACAGGGAUUUAAAAAAAAAAAAAAAGCCUACAUAAUAAAUCAUAAUUACUUAAUUAUUUAGGAGUAAAAAGUGUACAUUUGGGAACAAAUCAUAUUGAAACCUGUUUGAUUUUUCCACUUAUUCUUUUAACUUACUUUACUUUCCGUUUUACUUUUUGUAUUUAUUUUUCAUUUAAGGUUAUAUUUUAAUGUGUGUGCUAACCACAGAAAAAAAUUGGUCCUGAUUAUGAUUUAAUGAUUUAAUGAAUGCAUUAAUUCUUUCCUUUCUAACCAGUUAUUAUUUAUGUUUUGGGGUUUUUUUUUUUUUUCCCCCCUGGUUCAAUUUCUUUUCUUUUUAGUUUCGUGGCCCUCUUCGUCCUCCAUAGAAGAUGCUUUCAAAGUCAUUAAAUAGAAAGUUUCUGAAACACAUUGCUAUAAAAUGUAAACACUAUUCCAAAAAAGCCUGCAAGAUUAUAUUUUCCAUCUGAAAAUACUACAUUUCUCUGUAAAACACCCGUGCAGAAGAAAUAAAUGUAAAUGUUUAGAAAUAAUGUAGGGUGCCAAGA